ACAGUUUCUAACUAAACUCAAAAUGAAUAUUUUAAAUUUUGUAAUUGGGUUUAUUUCCCUUAUAAUACACCCUACAGUUGGUGAUUUAAAUAUACCCAAUUUAAGUACUUUUAAUGUAAAACAAAAUAUAGAAAAUUUCUUUGGUGUUAGUGAUCAGUGCAUCUGGGCCAUAAAUGGCAGUUCUUUAAUUACAAAAUUAAAAAUGGUUGAUGCUAGUAAAUUUAUACCUUCUGGGGUGCUUCAGGCAAAUUUAUAUGACAUUGGAAAUUACGAUGAAUGCUUUGGAAUACUUGAUGAAGUCGACAAUCAAAAAGUAUAUGGAAAAUAUUGUCUGGGCACAUACAAAAGCAUACAAUUCGGUCGUUGUUUACCUAAUUUUUGCACCAAAGAAGAUUUUUCCAAAUUAUUUUCUAAACUAGCUUUUACUGAGGAAUAUUGCUACAGUAAAGGAGAACCCAAGCAUUUUGAUGAUGUUGACCUUUUUGCAAUCUAUAUUUUAGCUUUUUUUACUGCUCUAGUAAUACUUUGCACUGGAUAUGAUUUAAUUUUAUAUUAUUUGGAAGAAAAACCAUACCACUAUACCUUUGUGUCAUUUUCUCUGUUCUCAAAUGGACAAAAAAUAUUAAAAACCAGCUCAAAAUCAGGACAACUAUCGUGCAUUAACGGUGUUAAAGCAAUUAGUAUGUUAUGGGUAAUUUUUGGUCAUGCACAUAGCACCAUUAUGAUGAGUCUUAUAAAUCCAAUUGAUAUCUACAAUUUUUUACUAAAAACAAAAAAUAUGUACAUCUCAGCAGCAACUGUAUCUGUGGAUACAUUUUUGGCUACUGGAGGGCUUCUAACAGUUUAUACUUUUAUGAAAAGUAAGGACAUGGGGGUUAAAAUUAAUGUACCUCAGAUGUAUUUACAUAGAUUUUUAAGACUAACACCUGCUUAUGCAGUAAUUAUAGUCGUGCAAUCCUCAUUGAUUCGUUAUUUGGGCAGUGGACCUCUAUGGGGUUUGAGUGAAACUAGUGUUAAACCCUGUAGAAAGUACUGGUGGUCGGCUCUUUUGUAUAUACAAAAUUAUGUGAAUCCCAUAAACAUGUGUUGUGAACAUACAUGGUAUUUAUCGGUGGAUAUGCAAUUAUUCUUAUUAUCACCUCUAAUAUUAUUCCCUUUAAUAAAAUGGCCAAAAGCUGGACUUACUGUACUUAUUGGAUGUAUUUUUUUUGGGUUUGCAAGUCCUUUUAUGGCUACCUACCUUCAGGACUUGGCAGGAUCAUCCUACACUGUGUCUAUAUCUGAUUAUAUGUCUAAAUAUUAUUUUCAAACAUAUGCAAGACUUGGCCCUUAUGUUAUUGGUAUGUUAUUUGGUUGGGUUAUAUAUAAACUUAAAGAAGAUAAAGGCUUGAUACAAAUAUCACAAAAAUACAACAAAAUGAUUAUUUUUACUCUUUGGGUAAUAAUUUUUACUGGGCUUUUGGCCUGCACAUAUGGCGGAUCUGAUAUAAUAACAGCAAAGGAAACAGGAAUAUGGGCAAGAACAUUUUACAAUGGGUUUAAUAGGAAUGCAUGGGCAAUAUCAGUUUGCCUUAUGGUUACAAUGUGUGUUGCUGGUUAUGGAGGACCCGUUAAUGGCUUCUUGUCCUUGCCAGUCUUUCAGAUUCUAUCAAAGUUAUCAUACUCGAUGUACUUGGUACACUAUUUAGUAAUAAAUGUGAGAAACAUGAGUACAAAAGUUGGGCUGUACUUUUCUGAAACUAAUGUUAUUUAUGAAUUCUGUGGGGAUUUUAUGAUCACUGUAUUUAUAGGAUUUUUCCUCUGUGCUAUAUUCGAAUCUCCAAUUAUAAUUCUUGAAAAGUUUUUGUUUGGUCGUAACAAAAAAACCAAAGAUAAUUUCGAGGUUAGGGAUGAAAAAUGAAAAGAAGAAUCUUUUAUAGAUCUUAAAUAUUUUAUUGAAAUAAUAGUAUUAAGGCAAUUUUAAGACUGUUCAAUGUACAUAUAUUUAUUUUUUUAAUAAACUAUUGUUAUGUAG